CCAUACCAUGUAAGCGAGGGAAGGCGCACAGGUCGAGUAAUUUUUGUAUUCGGACCAGAACCUAAGAUCGAAAGAAUGGUGCACGGGCCAGACAAAAUGGUAUUGGGUGCCAUUACAAGUGGUAAUUGGUACAGUAGGUUUAAUGGGUACUCCGAGUCCGUUUUCGGCUCAAACAGUCCAUUUUAGUGAUGUUCCGUUCCAAAGCUCGGAAGACGGUUAGAAUGUUCCAGUAUAUAUACCUAAGCACUUCCCUACAUAUAUACAUAGAAGGAGACAACUUAUACACUAGCAGUCUACCAUGGCAGCUCUUCCCGACGACGUUUGGCGUAAAAUUGUCAAUCUCCUGCCCUUUAAAGACUUAGGAGCCUUCAAGUCUAGCCACCGUCAUGCGGGAGAGAUAUUAGGCAAGUCCGGAGCUCAGAAAUUAAAACCUUGGGAAACGAUAUUUGCAAGCUAUGAGUGGGUAAAGACUGCAAGUUUUGAUGGGAAGAUCCCAGUUCUUCUAUUUAUAGAUGAAGAUAUGGACAAGCCUUAUGUAUACCUUUAUCUCACUACUAAAAAAGCUGAUAGAGAGGAUGAACAAGAUACAAAAGAGGUCCGGCGGGAGAAUGAGGUUUUAUUUAACGAGAUCAAAGCGUCUCUUCGUCCAACUACACCUGGAAGACACCACUGCGAGGUGGAAUUCAAAGAACUUACAUUAAAUAUCAGCCAUAUACGCUAUGGGGGGUUCAUAGAAUGUAAGGAUUUGGUUCAGAAGUUCCGUAAGAAGUUCCUUACUAUAGCUAUGUAUGGGAAGCCGCCUCGAAAUGUCAAGCCGCAAGUAUUAGGUCGUGAAUUUGCGGUAGAUGAAGACGUGAAGGCCGCGUUUUUAAACGAGGACUGCAGACAAGUCUUUGGCCAACCGCUAUUUACGGCUCUUACCAAGAAAAGAGAUAUCCGAAAGACAAUUCGAGAUGAGGCCAUAUCUGUUGCAGGUUUCUCUGAAGAUAAGCUGGUUGCUAUCUUAUAUUAUCUGAUCAGACAAGGCGUCUUCCUCGCAGCCGCUUCCAUUCAGCUCCAAUUCCCAGACCUACAUAAACCUAGUCUUACCAGCAAAUCAGCAGACCAACAGCUAUCAAAUAUUAGAUCUUCUAAUGUCUGGCUAGAAAGUUUAUUCAAGACUGGUCCCUACUCUGAUCUCAUCUUGAUAUCCAAUAAUAAGAAUUACCCCGCCCACCGCGCAGUCGUUCGUUCUCAAUCUUCGGUCGUAGAUAAGAAAUGUCAAUUUCAGGACACCACGCAAUGUCCUUCAUGCGACACUUGCGGAGCUGCGCCAAAGUAUCGCUUCGACUUCAUAGAUGACGAUCCUCAAUCUGUAGAUUGCCUCAUCCAGUAUAUGUAUCGUCAGGACUAUCAGAACCCUUGUGGCGGCCAUGAUGGCGAACAAGAACAUGGAAAGAUUACCGAGAACCCGGACGAGAUAAAAUUAUCAGAUGACUGUGUUGACGACCAUCAUCCGGUUUUCACGUCAAAGUGUAUGCACUCGCCGAAAAGCAUAAACGGGUAUACAAGGUUGGAAGGACCGAGCUCCGUCAUAGGCCUGAGUGCCAUGGUCUGA